AUGCUACGACAGCCAGGAGUCCCGGAGGGUUCAGAAGUCCCCUACCAUGACCCCGUUCAGCAACUUCUGCUUUUGGAAGAUAUGCUUCUGUUGUCACGGUAUGAGGAGGCAGCACAGGCUUCUUUAACGCUAGUUCCGCGGUUUUCCGGGGGUGGAAAAGCUUCCGAUUCCCUCCUUCAACGAGUUCUGGUGACAGCGUUUCAGGCUCACUUCUUCAUCGGCAGGCAGGACGAUGUCGACGCUCUCGUGGAUAGUCUAGGCCCUAGCAGGCUUGCUGUUCCAACCUUUAUGGCCUGGUACGUAGGGCGGGCCCUGCUACUUCUGGAGUCCGGCCAAGCCGCCGCGGCGCGUCUUCGAGUGGAGCAGUACAUGGCCACCCUUAUGACCCUCAUGCGCCACAAAUGCAUCAGUUCCGGUGUAGAGCGCCAGCACCGAGACCAGGAUCCGAAUCCGGAUCAAGACCCUCGGCGAGGAGGAUACCAGACGGUCAACAGCACCAGCGCCACAACCGCGAUGGAGGCACCACUGCCGCCGCCGACGCCAACACAUUCCCAUGGCGGUGCGGACGACGCAGCUGCAGCUCCCCCUUCGGCUUCUCCCCCAGUCGAUGGAUCUGGAACUCGGGACGCGGCUGCAGAGUCUGCCGGGGGAGAUGCAGAUGUGGGUGCGGCGGCGGCGAGCUUGCAGGACCGGGCGGCCCUGGCGCGACUGUACACACAGGACGUGCUGUGCCUGGGGCUGGGCCGGCCGCUGGAGGCGCUGCAAUGGCUGCAGCAGCCCCGGGCUCAGACCGGGGCUCAUAAUACCUGUCUACCAGCAGAGCAGCCGUCACAGCACCACCACCACCACCAGCAGCAGUGGCAGCGGCAGUUUUCUGUAGGCAAGGAGCCAAGCGGGUGCACGCACCCGCUGCAGGGGCGUUCCAAAGCCGCUGCUGUGGCUGCGACGGAAGCGGCGGCGGCAGCGGGGACAGGAACGGCGGAAGCCGGGUCGGCAGAAGAAGUGAAUGCUGUAGAGCUGCUGGGGGGCUGCGAGGACACGUUGCAGCAGCUGCGGGACGAGCUGAAGCGGCUCAUUGCGAUAUCUGGACUGACGCCCCCGGAAGGUCUGCCUGAUGAAGGGACAGCUGCCGCCGCCGCCGCCACCACCGCCGGUGGCGGCGGCAGGGGAAGUAGUGAAGCCAGCACGGACUCGGCAUCCGCCGCUGGUGCGACUGGCCUAGCCAUGACCAACAGCAGCAGCGGCACUACCCGCAAAUGUUCCUCAGAUACAACAGUGAAGGGCGGUGUAGACGGGAAUAGCGGCCGGCUAGGCCGCAGCGCCAGAGAUGGCACGGAGGUUGUGCAGGGGUGCCGUCCAUCCCUGGCAAGUCAGCUGCUCAUGGGGAUACGUGCAGGACCUAGUUCUGGUGCCACUGCUUCCGCUACGGCAGCAAGGGCGUUAUCUUUUCUCCGAACUUUGGCGGCGGCCAUGCAAGAGAUUAUACGGCGGCUGAUCAUCGGCACGGGCGUGCAGCUAACAAGGGCACAGUCGUGGAUUGUUUGCAAGGCCGCUGCGGUCGCAGCGCAUUUGAGGGUCAAAAACAGCAGCAAUAGCAGGAGCACCGGCGGCAAUAGUCUCUGGUGCUCAGGAAGCGUAUCGUCCCUAGGCCGCGUGGCGGUAGCGAUGGCGAUGGCGGCGGUAGUGCUGGUGGCGGCACAAGCAGAAGCGCCGUACGUCCGUACAAACGUGGAACGGCAGUUGGGUCGUCUGACGAGGAUGGUUGGGGAGGCGGUACGGAUGGGUUUGUCGCUACAUCCUAGCCCGGUGGCGACCGCGGGAUUCACGCAGGUUGCACGAUAA